UUUCAGCAUGAGGAUGGUGGAUUUGAGAUGGUGUAUUGAUAUGCCUGCUGGAGAAACAACAAGACUUCAUGAUGGGGACGCCGGACAAGCCGUGUCUUAGUAUGCACAAGUCAUCACAUUAGGGCUAACUAAAUACGAUCUAGUUACGACCCAUCCAUAUUGACUAAAUCGAUUCCGAUAGCAACGUUACACUUAGAUUAUUUACCCUAAUUUGUCAAGGGAUCUGCAGGCACUGAACCCUGGAACAUGGACAGCACUGUGCUUCAGGCUACAAUUCGAUUCUUCGUAUUCCAUGCCGGCAAUCGAAUCACGAAUAGGCUUUUUGGCCCCAGACUGUGCAUCUUGUUGACUGGACUCCAGAGUCAAUCACAUCCUCUUUGGGAAAAUCCGAUAUCACAGCCUCGUGCAUGCUUGAGGCUCAGAGGCGGUCAAGUCAACCAUCUCAACUCUCGCUCAACAGGCCAUCUCCCACUACUGAUGCCCCACUGGGGACGAGCACCGUAUGACUGGUCGAUUCUGUAGACCGAAGACGAUAAUUCGUCCUAUAA